UGGCUUCCUACCCAAGUCUACACCGCGCUCGGGCGGAUAUGGUGAGUGUCGUGGUUCAGCGGAAGGAAAGCGAAGCCUCGGAGGAGAUGAGGCCGCUGAGGGCAGUGAUUGUGUGCAUCUGCUUGUCCGGCCGCGAAUUACUUUUAUGGUUGGUAAGGGGGUUAUUCUUAGCGAAAUCCGCCAUUUAUCCCGGCUCUGCGCAUGUUCUUUCCCGACGAUGCCUACGUUCUGCUCCAGCUCGGCCGUCCGCACCAGCACCGGCCAAUUUAGCCUCUCCCUGCGUGCCCGGCACAUCCUCGUCGCGGGAGACCCGUCGGACACUGUGCGUACUGUCAAGGGGCGGCUCCCAGAAGGCGUGGACGUCAUCCUCGACUCCGACUUGGUCAUCACGCUCUCUGGACUAGUCGACGCCGUCAAAGUCCCAGGCCAUGUCAUACAACGGUCAGCUGUCGCCAGACACGUCCUAGACCACCUCAGGACGAACGCUGGUCAGCUGGGCUUGGGCGCAAUCUCGAAACUCUAUGUCGAUGAAGAUGACGGUCGUGCAAAGUUUUCUCUCAGCUCGUCUCGGCCACUGCGUGCCACGACAGAAAUGGCCUGCUUCAGAUUGGUUUCCAUCGACGUAGUCCUCUCCUGCAGGAUGAUCGUACGAGGCGGGGAAAGCUCACCGGAAGCGGCCUCCCUAUUCUCUGGUCAGGCGUAUCUCCCCCUCUCCUCGGCGCUCGACAGCGUUCUAGAGAAAUUCAUCGCAAACGAUCUCGUCAGACGGUAUCCUCUCAUUUUCGGGCCGUGGCGAGAGAAACUUGACCUAGAAGCACGCGUAUUUCCUUCGCUUUCGCGAUCGCUCAUGGACGUUGCGCGGUCCUCAAGUGAUCCAUCAUUCAAGAAGCGCUUCCAGCGACUCGUGGCGACGCUUGGGACACGACAUGCAAGUCGUGUUCGAUGUGUCAAUCAAGCAGUUCGAGAUUGUCUCGGCGACAAUGCGGUCGAUGAAGCACACCGGCCAGUCAUACAAGAGGGUUUUGACAUACUAAAACGUUCCUUGGACACGCUUUUCAGACGGGGAGUGAGACCGGCGACAUUCAAGGCACUUAGCGCAACCACCCAAGGUGCAUACGACGAAGACGAAGACGAUUAUAUGUUCGACUUGUCAGAAGGCGCAUCAAAUCGCGACGUUAUCAUCCCGUGGCCUGGUUCAAGCGAUGAGGAUCUAAUUGAGUUAGACUCAGGCGAAGAUAACGACGAACCUUGGGUCACGGCGGACUGUAGCCUAUUCCUGGACGAGACGGGGUGUCCCGAAGAAGACGACUCAGACUGCAUCGUUCUAUCGGAUGAAGAGUCUGGACACCAGGGUUUACCAAGGAGCCAUAACUCUACGAGUCUCGACUGUGGCGCUCUAGUUCUCGCUUCUCGUACAGCGCUCUUGGUCGCAGACGCCGGCGAAGAAGACGAGACGUGGCUUCCGCAAAGCAAUGGACACGCGCUGUUGGCAAGUUCACGGGGGACACAGAGUUUGGGGUCUGAUGACGAUGCUAUCGUACGUUGCCUAGAGUCUCAUGCGCUGGUUCUUCAUGGGACUCCUUAUUGAUACGUUGCCAGACUUUCUCAGUCUGCGACACCGGGCUGGAUGUCUGGUCUACUCCAGAUCACUCGCAGCACUGCAAAAAUCAGGUUACCGACACUCUAGAGGCUGCCUGCGGCGACCCAGACUUGCUUCUUGACUGGUGCGACGACGACGUUAUUCUCUCGGAUGAUGCCAUGUCGCCG